AUGUCAUCACCUGUUUCUACAAGACGUGCUUCACGUGGAGGGCGUGGUGCCAAGCGCACCAGAACUGGCGGAAAUGAUGAUCUUGGUGACAUCUCUCUCACAGAUGAGUUAAUCGAGACGGUUAAUGAACUUAAAAACAAAGUCAAAAAAAUUGAAGAAAAUAUGGAGAAUAUUAAAAUGGAUAACAAGCUCUUACAAGACGAGAACAAGAAAUUGAAAUCUAUGGUUUUAGAUUUCACAAGUAAGAUGGAGGCCGACAAAACUCAAAAUUCGCCAACACAGUUAUACUCUGAAGUGGUUGGUAACAAGUCCAAAAAAGCUUACCCCGGAAGCUGCAUCAGCUAGAGUCCAAGCAUCCCUGACCAUCUCGAAGUCUAUCCAACAAUUGAACGAUAAAUCCACUAUUGCUGUUGUUGAAAACUUUCCGGACUCAAAAGGGUCAGACCAAGAUUUAACUGAUAGCAGCACCAUCGAGAGAAUUUGCAAAGCAAGCGCCAUCACUAUUCCUACAAGAACCUUCCGUGUCAAAGUUUCGAAACCUGAAAAUCUAACAUCCCGACCACUCAAAGUAUGCUUCAACAAGACCGAAGAUAGAAACCUAUUCCUGUCCAAAUUUCGCAGCUCAACCAAAGAACUUGGAAUCACUGGAGUUGAGGGUAGAACUUUGCGAGUACGCCGUGACAUGACAAUUGAUGAACUUACAGUGCUGAGACAUGCCCGGAAAACUGCAUAUGAUAAAAAUAAGGAGCUUGGAAAAUUCAAAUUCUAUGUUCGUGAUUUAGAAAUCAAAGAAUUGGAAACACCCAAGGAUUUGUUGAACAAGGACAAUGUUGAUAAUCAGAUGGAUAUCGAGGAGCCCACUUCGUCCAAGUCGGAAUCUGAUAAACAAUGA